GCGCGUGUGCGUGCGCACGAGUGUGCGCGCGUGUCAGCGUGUGCGCGUGAACGCGCCCCUCGCGCCCUCGCACCAACCCCCAAACAGACUUGUGCCCGUCAACUGCAUCUUCCCAGACCGGUGUGGGAACAACGGCCAGGUCCACGUCCUGUGUGGCGUGCUGAUGACAGCCGCGAGGCUUCCUUCCCCAAGCGGUCGCGGGCGGGCAGGAGGCAAAGUUUGUCGGAGAAUCGGGGUGACUUUGCUCGGGGACCCGCAUCUGCGCGAAUGCGCGGUGCCGCGGAGCGCGUCUCGCAGCAGCUCCGGGCUGGGGACCGGCUGUCCCUCGCUCCCGGAACCCCUUCAGGGGUGUGUUCUGGAAAAGUGGCGACAUGAGCUAGAGCUGGAGCAGCAGGAGGGAGCAGCUCGCACCCCUGCAGCCCAGGCGGGGAGGGCGCGGACCCCGUGGUGCUGCCCUGCGGCCGCGAUGAGGGAACAGCCCUCGUUUGCCUGGCGCUGAUACUCGAGGCUGUGGCGGUAGUGGAAUGCAAAAGCCAAGACUAAUGGAAACAGGGCCUAAAGACCCCCGCAGGAUGCCUGAGGCAAGUUCACCCAGGCGAACUCCGCAGGAUGUUCCCUACCAGGACCUGCCUCACCUGGUCAAUGCAGACGGACAGUACCUCUUUUGUAGGUACUGGAAGCCCAGUGGCACACCCAAGGCCCUCAUCUUUGUGUCCCAUGGAGCUGGGGAACACUGUGGCCGUUAUGAUGAGCUGGCUCAGAUGUUGAAGGGGCUGGAGAUGCUGGUGUUUGCCCAUGACCAUGUUGGCCAUGGACAGAGCGAGGGAGAGAGGAUGGUGGUAUCGGACUUCCAAGUUUUUGUCAGGGAUGUACUGCAGCACGUAGACACCAUCCAGAAGGACUACCCACAGGUCCCCAUCUUCCUCCUGGGCCACUCCAUGGGCGGUGCCAUCUCCAUCCUAGCAGCUGCAGAGAGACCAACCUACUUUUCUGGCAUGGUCCUGAUCUCACCUCUGGUUCUUGCCAAUCCGGAAUCUGCAUCAACUUUGAAGGUCCUUGCUGCCAAACUGCUCAAUUUUGUCCUGCCAAACAUGUCCUUGGGGCGCAUCGACUCCAGCGUGCUGUCUCGGAACAAGUCAGAGGUUGACCUGUACAACUCCGACCCACUCAUCUGCCGAGCAGGAGUGAAGGUGUGCUUUGGCAUACAGCUGCUGAACGCAGUCUCGAGGGUGGAGCGAGCAAUGCCCAGGCUGACACUGCCAUUCCUGCUGCUGCAGGGUUCUGCUGACCGGCUUUGCGACAGCAAAGGUGCCUAUCUGCUCAUGGAAUCAUCCCGGAGUCAGGACAAAACACUCAAGAUGUACGAAGGUGCCUAUCAUGUCCUCCACAAGGAGCUUCCGGAAGUGACCAACUCCGUCCUUCAUGAAAUAAAUACGUGGGUGUCUCACAGGAUAGCAGCGGCAGGAGCUGGGUGUCCACCCUGAACACACCGGCCAGGCAACCAGCUCCUGGUCUGGGGGGAGGCAGGUAGAGGAAGGGCAGUGCUGGCUGGCUCAAAAAAAAAAAUGUCGAAAAUCAGAGAAAACUCUAGUACUCCCCCCCCAGUGCAAUUUACUUAGGGGAAAAAAAAGGAUAAUUUGUCGUAUAGAUGGCUACUGGCCACUGAUCUACUAUACCUUAAGGGGUAGGCACUUUAUAAAAGAGAGAAUAUAUUUUCCACACAGAGACUGAGUGGAAAUAUCCUUUGAAUUAAAAAAAAAAAAAAAUGCAGCAUCUGCCCACCUCUCCCAGCUGCUAUGGGGUUCAGGGACUCUCUGGCAGUCCCAUAUCCCAGCCUGCAAUAAUCAGAGGUCUCUUUCCUCCUGUCCCAAGUCCUCUCGGACUGGCUGUCCUCUGGCAUGUGACAAGGUGGCCUGUAUCCCCAGAGCUAGCUCCUUAGCAGGCUCAUGUGUGCCCCUCCAAGGCACUUCCUCAAAAUGGGCAACUACCCUAUGACCUGGUCAGUGACUUUUCAGAUGGAAGCCAGGCUGGGGGAAGGGAAAGUGGCCAUGAAUAGCUCUUCUCUUCCACGCAACUUCCCCCUUCCACCCUGCUGGGAGUUUGGUUACCCACAGCAUGUUGUAUGUAUUUAGAGAGGCUCCUUUUCUGCGGUCACUAAGUACUCCAUGCUGAGGAGGGUGGCUUUGAAGAUAAUUGCUUAAUAUAUAUGGUAUAUUCUAAAUUAAAUAUUAUAUGGGUGGGUGGGUGAAGCCUGGGCAGCUUUGGAAGAACUGGUACCCACACGCAGGGCCAGUCUGCCGAGAACCCAGCCUCCCAAUGGAGGACUAGCUGGCUCUCCUUGCAGAGAAGGCACAGGGUGGAGAACUGGGGCCCUGGUCAUUCCCUCUGUCCAGGACCACUAGGAGUUGUUUGCAGAAGCACAGCUACCUCUGGUGGCAGGAGAGACUCCCAUGGAGCCGUGGUGCUGGCUGCCUGCCAGGGGCAGCACAGAGCACUCAAAGACCACCCGCAGACCAGGACCACAGCUGUCUGCCCCCCAUUCCAGACUGCAGCGGGAUGGCCCAGCCAGGCCUCAUGGAGGCUUCCCUGAAGCAGUGAAAUCCAAGCCCCCUGUCCUCUCAGGUGCCUGCCUGAAGGCCUACACCAGGCCUCACUUAGCGCCAGCAAUAACUGGGGCUCACUGCUCUCUUGGAGCACUUUCAUCUUUACAGAGGGCCUUGCUGUUACCUCAGGAGUCAUGUUACUGCACAUAGAACCCUGGGAAGGGGCGCUGCUGCCAAGGAGAACUGCCUGGCUGCUGGAAGGGGCGGGUGGGCCUCCCAGGAAGGGGGAAUCAAGGUGUCCUUUCUGGAGUUUAUUUUAGGUCCUGGGGAGAGACCUCUGCCCCGUCUGUGGCCCUGACCAUGCAUAGCAGUCAGAGGCUGGCCACCUACUAUAGGUCAUAAGGUCACUGUGCCCCUCAGCAGGGCCCAGGCACUGCGUGCAGGGAAGGAAGGGCCCAGGAGCUGUCCAGAGCCCCCUCUUAGCUCUCCUUCUGUUUAGAAAAUAAAGAUAGAGUGUGCGAGGAGAGGCAGCCAGCAUUCUCUCCUGCUCAGGGAACCGUGGACAGCAGCAGGCAGGCAUGGGGUAUUUCUGCUCUCCAUUAAUUUAAAAAAAAAAAAAGAAGAAGAAGAAGAAGAAGAAGAAGAAGAAAGAAAAGAAGAAAAGGGACCCAUUCUAGACUACUGUGCUCAGAUCUGUGACUCUUACCAGGAGCCACCCAAGGCUGCUCCCAAAAGCACAUGCUGACAUUGCCACUUUUCCAAAUUAAAUGCCAGCACCCAGGCUGGCAGUUUUCAUGCAUGACAUCCUUUAGAGAGGCAUUUGUAUCUGGUUAAAGAAUCACUAACACUAAAAAACAGGGGUGGGAUGAUCUGAAGUUGAGACUGUCUUGUGAAACCUGCAAGAGUCAUGUCCCUGCAUGACAAAAUCAGGACCAGCACAGGGCUGUCUGUAGAGAGCUAGGCCAGCCUUGUACAGACUCCAUCCUUGGCACUGGAGGAAGCCUGUCAUGCAGGGCUUCACAGUCACCCUCAUCACCAGGAUGCAGAGGAGCUGGAGUGUGGAGAAAAAUGCUAGGACACACAAGGCUUGGCCUGAAGAAGGAGGAAGCCAGCAAGAGAUCGCAGAUGGCCCUCCCUGGGUGAAGGAGGGGAGCCAGAACCUGUGAGAAUAGAGCACCUUCUCCGACAACCAUGGACUUGGUGCCUGAAAAGCUUUUUAGGAAAAGGUGCCACCUGCAGGUAGUAGAGCAUCUCAACCAUGGAGCCCCAGUUCCUUAGAGAUAGGGGAACAGCCUCCCUCCACCACGGGGACCCCUCAGCUUCUGGGUGUCCUGCAGACUACCAUGAGAGCAGCGGGGGUGCUCUGCUCACAUCCUGCCUCUGGGCCACCUCACACUUCCCUUUGCUUCCUGAUUGCUAAUGUAACUUUCUAAGGAUCGCAGUGGCUCACUGGUUUGUCACUGUCACUGCGCCCAGUCACUCCCCAUGUAUACUCCAAGUGGGGAACCUGUAUCGGCUUAGAAUUACUAAAGAAGCCAAUGUGCACUACAGCUCACCGUAAUAAACCACGUGCUUUUGGAGA